AUGGCCGAUACCGCUACAGCGGAACCUGAUCUCUCCGCCCUCACGAAUUCCCCUCCUCUGAAGCGCAAGCGUGGUGGUCCCGACUCAUCUCCCGACUCACGAAGAAACAAGCGCGGUAUCCCACCUGCUACGAUGGCCGCAGAUGCUCUUUCGGCCGCAUUCAUGGAGAGCGCAGACACGGCGCAAGCUGCACAUGCGGCUGCCGCCGCCGCUGGCGUCAACGUCUCAGACUUCAGUGCUCUUCAACAAGCCGCUGCCGAACACAGUGAGGCUUCGGAUCCAGCAAACGCUUCCAGCACUGCCGCUGCUGCCCUAGGCUCCAUGUAUCCGACUCUGCACAUCCCGCAGUCAACCGAAGAGACAUUUGCCGCCCAGGCUGGUGUCGACACGGAUCAUCACGACACCUCAUACGCGGAUGUUGGCCAUGAUGGGCUACCCAUGGACACAUCCGGGGUAUCCACAGGUGGCAUUCAUCCAGCAAAUGGAGUCCGUCAAGACCAGCGCUACGGCUCAACGCCUAACCCUAAGCCUGCUGUGGGUUCCGAGGAGUGGCAUAAGAUGAGAAAAGACAACCAUAAAGAAGUGGAGCGUCGCCGCCGCGAGACGAUCAAUGAAGGGAUUAAUGAACUCGCCAAGAUCGUUCCCGGAUGCGAGAAGAACAAGGGGUCUAUCUUGCAGCGCGCUGUUGCUUUCAUCACUCAGUUGAAGGAGAACGAGUCCCAGAACAUUGAGAAGUGGACCUUGGAAAAGCUGCUGACAGAGCAGGCGAUUGCCGAGUUGAGCUCUUCCAACGACAAGCUGAAGCUCGAAUGCGAGCGGCUCUACCGAGAGCUGGAGACGUGGAAGAGAGCUGCCCAGAGCGCGGGCCUCGAACUCCCGUCAGCUGAGAAGACAGAGCCCGGAACCAGCUAG